GUCAACUUGGUCGCUACCAGAUAAAAACGAUGGCGUACGCGGCGAUUUUGAUCAUUUUCACUGCUUUCUCCUUUUUGGAGAACGUGUUUACAACAGCCAGGAUCAAGACUAGGUGUCACAUUCCAGAAUGUGAAAACUCAAUGGAGCAGAAUCUAACCCCUCUGUGGCUUGCGCAAGCAGUUCCUUUGUCGAAGUACGGCUAUGACAACUGCCAUCGGUUUGCCGCCAGCAACUCUAGCAACUCCAGCGCACCAACAAACAGCAUCAAUUCGUGCCCGUCGAUUCUUUUCGAUCACAGCCUUAUUGAGCCUUGUGAGGAGUUCAUCUAUGAAAACAAAAACACAAUCGUAUACGAUUUUGGUUUGGCGUGCAGCGAGUGGCGGCGAUCGAUGAUCGGGUCAGUGCGUAUGCUGGGCAUGAUGGUGGCGAUGCCGCUGGUUGGUUUCGUGUCAGACCUGCGUGGACGUCGUACGGCGCUCCUCAUCUCCGUCUUUUGCAAAGGCUCUAUCGGCAUUACAAGAUAUUUUGCUAACUCUUACACUUACUUCAUUAUAUCGGAAUUUUUGGAAGGUGCUUUGGCAUCUGGCACUUUCUCUUGUAUAUAUUUAUUAUUAAUGGAGACAGUGGGACCUCGAUAUCGAGUAGGCACUGGUGCAUUCAUAAGCACGUCUUUCGCUGUAGGACACAUGCUUCUGGGGUGGCUUUCCUGGGCCGUACCGCACUGGAGAAAUUUAACUUUACUGUGCUAUGCACCCCAAUUCAUCUUAUUAUUGAUUUAUUCCCGAAAAAUAUCAGAAUCGCCGCGUUGGCACAUUACCAAAGGUUGUUACGACAAGGCAGAAAAAAUCUUAAAGCAAAUGGCUCGUACUAAUGGAAAACAGUUGUCUGAAAAAUCGGUGCAAUUGUUACGACAAACUCGAAAUGGUAAGGGACGAGCUCAAAGCAUAAAAAAUUAUCAAACAGAGCCAAAUCUUGUAGUGCUAGUGUUCCGCCACAAGCCCAUGUUGUUACGGUGCCUAGUGUCACCGCUUCAGUGGAUAACGUUCUCGCUAAUUUACUACGGGCUAUCGAUCAACUCCAUCAACCUUAACAUUGGCAGCAAGUAUUUGAAUCACAUGGCGGUGACGUUCAUCGAGAUUCCCGGCUAUUUGCUUGCAUUGGCGCUACUCAACCGGAUCGGGCGAAAGCCAGUGUUGACCGGAGGCUUUUGGGUUUGCGGAGCUUGCCAAAUAGGCUACAUUUUCACGCCCGCUGGUCACCCUAACCUAUCACUAGCGUUGUACGUCCUAAGCAAGUGCUGUAUCUCGGCAGUGGCAAUGUCCCUGCACAUUUACACGUCCGAGCUGUACCCAACCCCGCACCGCCACCGGUUGUCGUCCGUCUCAGCGUCCAUAGGCCGACUGGGCGCCAUUAUUGCGCCACUUACACCUGCUUUUGUUAGUAGUCAAUUUCAAUAUUUAUAUGUACUAUAGGUAGCAUCGUGGUUAUGUAUUUUGUUUAUAUUGUACACGACCAAGAAUUAGGAUUAGGAAUUAUUUUCGAUUAUCCCUUAAAAUAUAAAAGGAAUACUUUCAGUUUAUUAUUUUACUUAUUUACUUACAGCUUAUUCUACCUGUUGGUAUGGUUAGUAUACUUAAUUUAUAGUUAGUCAU